UUGCUCGGUGACUUCGGAACUCUUUCGCAAACUCGAUCGGACCAAACAAACGAUGAAUACCUUCACACCGAUGCUGCUGGCCCUGGUGGUGGUUUUGGCCACUGUUGGAUACGCCAAUGCGGUCGCACUUCGCAUCCCUGGAGGACAAUAUGCCGAAAAGGGGCAGUUCCCCUACCAGGUGGCCAUCCGGAAACCUGACGGAGACCUGCUCUGCGGAGGAGUUCUGAUCUACGAUAGAUACGUGCUGACCCAGGCUUCCUGCUUCUUCGAAGGAACUUAUCUCGUUGAGUUCAAACGUCUUGAAGUGUUCUACAGUGCCACUGAGCUGAAUGACUUCAACGGAUGGUUCCGGUUUCCCAAGUCGCUCCGAUUCCACGAUAAUUUCAACGUCAUCGCCGGAGAGGGCAAGUAUGAUUUCGCCAUCGUGGAGCUACAUGAUGCUGUUGAGGUCUCGGAUCUGGUCAAUAACAUUCCCAUGAGUAAGACUCCUUUCACCGGAAACGCUCCAAUCACGGUGACCGGAUGGGGAAAUACCGGAAAUGGUCCAGAACACACCAACAACUGGAAGCUGAAGUACGGGACCGUAAACGCGCUGAGCGAAGAAGAGUGCAAGGCUGCUUUGGGCGAUGGAUACUUCCCGGGAGUUUUCUGCGCCAAAUCCGAUGAUGCCGCCAUUUGCGCUGGUGACUUCGGUGGUCCAGCUGUGAGCAACAAUCUCUUGGUAGGAAUUUCCAACGGCAUUGUCGGAAAGUCUUGUGAAGUCGGAGCUACUGGUGUGUUCAUCGAUGUUGGUUUCUUCUACGAUUUCAUCAACGAUUACACAACCAACAAGCCAAAUCAUCCUUAAUAAUUGAAAUUGUGAAAAAAGUUUUUUUACUUCUUAGUAAAAUGUCAACGUGAUAACA